GACCGGUUUGACACACCAUCGAGUUGGUCGACGGUGUUGUUCCUCCAAAGGGCUGCGUGUAUCGUAUGGGACCCGGCGAGUUGGAGGAACUCCGGCGGCAGAUCGAUGAGAUGAUUGACAAAGGGUGGAUCAAACCAAGUGAAUCUGAAUUUGGUGCUCCUGUGUUGUUUGAGCCAAAGAAAGGAGGCAAAGUUCGCAUGCGUAUUGACUAUCGUGGUCUAAACCGCAUCACAAGAAAGAAUGCUUACCCAUUGCCUCGUAUAGAUGACUUGCUUGAUGCUGCAGGCGGGUGCAAGGUCUUCUCCAAGAUCGAUCUCAAAUCUGGCUACCACCAAAUUGAAGUCAAUCCUGCGGACCAGCACAAGACUGCGUUCAAGUCGCGCGAUGGGCUUUAUGAGUUUACCGUAAUGCCCUUCGGUCUUACGAACGCACCAGCCACGUUCCAAAGCCUAAUGGACAAGGUCCUCCGCGAACAAAUUGGCCGGUUCGUGGUAGUGUACCUGGACGAUAUCCUGAUUUUCAGCAAGUCCAUGGAGAAACACCUCAAGCAUCUUGAGGAGGUACUUGCCAUCCUCAAGAAGACGCAGCUCCAUCUCAACUUGGAGAAAUCCGAGUUUGGGAGGGACAGCGUCAUCUAUCUUGGGCACCGAUUGUCUGUUGCAGGCCUAGAGCCUGAGGCAACCAACAUUGAGGUCAUACGCGAUUGGCUUGAGCCUGUGAACAUUCGUGAAUUGCGUUCUUUUCUUGGUCUCGCGUCGUACUAUCGGAAGUUUGUACCCUGUUUUUCUAUAAUUGCUCAUCCACUGUCGCGACUUACCAGCAAGAAUGUGUCUUAUUCCUGGGAUGCCGCGUGUACGGAAGCGUUUCGAACUCUCAAGGAAGCCUUGGUAAGUUAUCCGGUACUCCGCAUUGCAGACCCCAAAUUGACCUUCGUAGUUACUACGGAUGCAAGUCAGUAUGGGAUCGGUGCGGAGCUGCAACAAGAUGACGGCGAUGGCAUGCGGCCACUCGAGUACUACAGCAAACGCAUGCCCAGCAUAAAGGUAGCCACUUCCACCUACAUGCGCGAGCUUUAAGCUUUGAGCAUGGCGUUGGAUCACUGGAAACAUUACCUUUUGGGACGCCACUUCAAAGUGUUC